AUGACCACUAACACGACUUGCCAGCUGGCCCUGAAAGAGUGGGCGAUAACCGUGCGGGCGCUGGCCGACGGUGACCAGAUAAUGAUGCUCCGCAAGGGCGGCAUCCACGAGGAGAGCAAGGAUUUCCGCGUCGUGCAUCCGGAAUUCCUGCUGUAUCCCACCUACCUGCACCAGCGUGAAGACCUGCUGAAAGACAGCCACCAGCCCACGCUGCGGCAAUUGCUGUCCGACAGCCCGGCCGACGAUGACAACGUGAUGUUCACCCAUUGGGCGCAGGUGCAUGAACUGCUGGAAAUCGACCAGCUGGGCAAAGUCGAAGACCUCGCUCCCCAUCACAUCUGGACCGACACGUACGCCGAGUCCCGCCUGCACUGGAAACCAAUGGUUCCGCUGACCAUCAUGCUGCUGCGUGUUUACCAGAUGGAAUCACCGGUUACGGUUCCCUACAUUCCUGAAUACGGCGGCUGCAAAUCCUGGGUCGACAUCAUCCCCACCGUGCGACUCGGCCAGAUGACGCCGGUGGUUGACGACGCGACAUUCGCCAAAAUGGUGGAAGCCGUCCGCGGUAGCCUCGGCCUCGUAACCGCCUAG